CGCGGGGUUGCGGUCUCCUAGGGCAGGUGCCGCGGGCUGCGGGCAGGUGGCGGCGCGGCGCGGGCUGGCGGUGGCUCCACGACCUGCUGAAACUCAGCCUGCUGGGACGGGUCUGCUUUCCCCCUUCUUGUUUCUGCCAUGGAAGCGUGUGGACAGCCCCAUUCAUGAUGACAUGUGACACUACUGGCUUUCCCCGGCAGUCACACCCCCUGACCCAGGGCCUGCCAGCUUGGCAAUUGCUUCUCCAUUCUUGAUGUUCCUAAUCCCCAUGAAUCCACAACCAUAACCAUGGCCACGCGGGUCGAGGUGGGCUCCAUAACGCCCUUGACGGCCGUGCCAGGCCUGGGUGAGAUUGGCAAGGAGGAGACCCUGACGAGGACCUACUUCCUCCAGGCUGGCGAGGCCUCUGGGGCUCCCCCAGCCCGGAUCUUGGAAGCGAAGAGCCCGCUGCGGAGCCCGGCCCGCUUACUCCCUCUGCCAAGGCUCGCCCCCAAACCCUUCUCGAAGGAGCAGGAUGUGAAAUCUCCUGUGCCGUCUCUGCGGCCCAGUUCAACUGGACCUUCUCCCUCUGGGGGGCUCUCUGAGGAGCCAGCAGCAAAGGAUCUGGACAACAGGAUGCCCAGCUUGGUGGGGCAGGAGGUGGGCAGUGGGGAGGGCCCGAGGACGAGCUCGCCCCUCUUCAACAAGGCUGUGUUCCUGCGGCCCAGCUCCAACACCAUGAUUCUCUUCGAAACCACCAAAAGCGGCCCCGCUCUGGGGAAGGCGGUCAGUGAGGGAGCUGAGGAGGCCAAGCCAGGUGUGUCCAGCUCCCGGCCUGAGGUGGCUGCCAAGCCCACCCUGCCCACCCGAAAGCCUGCGGGGACCCUUCCCCGGUCAGCUCCCCUGUCUCAGGACACAAAGCCACCUGUACCCCAAGAGGAGGCAGGCCAAGGCCAUCCUCCCUCAAAGGCCGGCAGUGUGGAGGACACGGCACACCCUGUUGUGGAGCCCAGGCCUCGCCUGAAGAGAAGGCCCGUGUCUGCCAUUUUCACGGAGUCCAUUCAGCCUCAGAAGCCAGGCCCUGGCGCAGCGGCCACAGUGGGCAAAGUGCCACCCGCCCCUCCCGAGAAGACGUGGGUGAGGAAGCCCAGGCCCUUGUCCAUGGACCUCACGGCCCGGUUUGAGAACAAAGAGGCCUUACUGAGGAAGGUGGCCGAUGAAGGAAGUGGAGCCACAGCAGGGGACAUGGCUGGGCUAGAGAGGCCCAGAGCAGCGUCCAAGCUGGACAGGGAGUGUUUGGUCAAGGCGGAGGCUCCUCUUCAUGAUCCUGAUUUGGACUUCCUGGAGGUGGCCAAGAAAAUCCGUGAACGGAAGGAGAAGAUGCUUUCGAAGCCGGAGACGGGCAGCCUCAGAGCCCUGGGGGGCUCAGCCGGGAUCACCCCCAGCAAUGACCAGAGUCCCUGGGAAGAAAAGGCCAAGCUGGACCCAGAGCCAGAGAAGGCUGCUGAGUCCCCCUCACCCAGGCUGGGAAGGGGCCUAGAACUUGCUGAGGUUAAGAGCAGAGUGGCGGAUGGAGAGGCCCCGGCAGGAGAGUGGGCCUCUAGGAGGAGUGUUAGGAAGUGCAUCAGCCUGCUUCGGGAGGACAGCGCCUUGGCAGUGGGGUCUGAAUCCCCCCUGGCCACCCCUGCAUCCCCAUCAGUGGCACCAGAGCCGGAGAAAGGGGUUGUGAGCGUCCAGGAACGGAUCAGAGGCUGGACUGCCGAGAGCUCCGAGGCUAAGCCCGAGGUCAGGAGGAGGACGUUCCAGGCUCGGCCGCUGUCGGCGGAUUUGACCAAAUUGUUUUCAAGUUCAGCUUCAAGCAACGAAGUCAAAUAUGAUAAGAGUGCUGAGCUGAGUGGCGAGUUUCCUAAGGAACGGAGAGAAAAGCAAAAGGAGGGGCACGGUUUGGAUGGAGCAUGCAUCCCGAGAAGCCCCUGGAAGCCUGGGACACUCCGGGAGAAGUCCAGGCAGACAGAGCAGAAGGUUAGCUCUAACCAAGACCCCGACACCUGUCGUGGUGGAAGCUCAGUGGAGGCCCUGUGCCCUUCUGACGUCACUCCAGAGGAUGACCGGAGCUUCCAGACUGUGUGGGCCACAGUGUUUGAGCACCACGUGGAGAGACACACAGUGGCUGACCAGUCGGGACGUUGUCUUUCCACCACACCCCCUGGUGACACGGCCGAUGCCCGUGUCUCAGAACCCAGGCCGAGGCCUGAGAUGGGCUCUUGGCUGGGCAGGGACCCACCAGACAUGACAAAACUCAAGAAAGAGAACUCCAGAGGGUUUGACAAUCCCGAGACAGAGAAAUUGGGACCAACCACCCUUUUGAACGGUGAACUGAGACCAUAUCACACGCCUCUCCGGGACAAAUACCCUUUGGCUGAAAACCGCAAUAAUAACACCUUCCUCAAACACUUGGAAAAUCCUCCCACAUCCCAGAGAAUUGAGCCCAGAUACGACAUUGUGCAUGCAGUGGGAGAGCGUGUGCACAGCGAGGCCAUCUCACCGGCACCGGAGGAGAAAGCGGUCACGCUUCGCAGCCGCAGGUCUUGGCUCUCACUGAAGGACAGGCAGCUGUCCCAGGAGGUCACCCCUGCUGACCUGGAGUGUGGUUUGGAAGGUCAGGCAGGGUCCGUCCAAAGGGCCAGUUUGAUUUGGGAAGCUCGAGGCAUGCCUGAGGCUAGUGGGCCGAAGUUUGGGGGCAAUUGCCCGUCGCCCAAAUGGACAGACGGGGCAGUGGUGAGCUCACACAAAGCCACCGUGGUGGUCAGUGAAGAGCACUGUGCUCCCGGGGCCACCUCCAUCAGGGCUAUCAAGGCUGCCAUCUGGGAAAGCCAGCAUGAGGGGCCAGAGGGGGCCAGAAGCAAGCCAGGAGUCGGAGCAAGAGGCCCACCCCAGGGAUGCCCCCUCGAUCCUCCUUCCAGGGCUACGAAUGGGCCUUCUGACUCCCACGCACGAACACAUCCAGAUGCAUUUGCUGUGCAGAAAGGGCCCUUCGUUGUAGCUGCCAGGGAGGGUGACCCAGGGCCGGCCCAGGUGCCACAGCCUGCAGUCAGAAUGCGGAAAGCCAGCCCCAGGGACCAGAGAAUGGACAGAUGGCGGCGGCGGACUUUACCCCCCAACGUGAAAUUUGAUACAUUCAGUUCUCUCGUCCCAGAGGACUCUCUACAUGUGGGGCACAGGCGAACAGAUUAUGUGAGCCCCACAGCCAGUGCCUUAAGAAAACCUCAACUAUCCCACUACAGGGUGGAGACCCAGGAGGUAAACCCAGGCGCUUCACGGGACCAGACCUCCCCAGCAGUGAAGCAAGGGUCACCUGUGGAACCCAAGGCGACAUUUUUUGCAGUCACCUAUCAGAUUCCCAAUACUCAAAAGGCAAAGGGUGUGGUUCUGUCAGGAGCUGAAAGCUUGCUGGAACAUUCUAGAAAAAUCACUCCACCCUCAUCUCCUCAUUCUUUAACAUCCACUUUGGUUUCUCUUGGUCAUGAAGAGGCAUUGGAGAUGGCAGGCAGUAAAAACUGGACAAAGGGACGAGAGCAUGAAAAUGCAAGCAUUUUAAAAACUCUGAAGCCACCAGACCGUCCAUCAUCUCUUGGGGCCAGGAGUCUGGACCCUUUCAAUGGAAGAAUCAUUGAUGUGGAUGCCUUAUGGAGUCAUCGGGGAUCAGAAGAUGGCCCUCGUCCUCAAAACGAUCGGAAGGAAAGUGCGAACAAGAUGUCCCCCAGCGGUGGAGCUCCCCAAACCACCCCGACUCUGAGGAGUCGUCCAAAAGAUCUCCCUGUGAGAAGGAAGACUGAUGUGAUCAGUGAGACGUUCCCAGGUAAAAUCAGAGACGGCUACAGAUCCAGUGUUCUUGACAUUGAUGCCCUGAUGGCUGAGUACCAGGAGCUGUCGCUGAAAGUCCCUGGGGAGGCUCAGGAGAGGAGGAGGAGUCCCACCUCGGAGCCCAGUACGUUGCCUCGGGAGAGGCCUGUUCAGCCAGGUGGGCUGGAGCAGAGAAGGAGGAGCCUGAAGGAGAUGACCGAUACCGGGGGUCUCUGGAAACCGGCCAGCUCUGCCGAAAUAAACCACAGUUUCACUCCUGGCUUAGGCAAGCAGCUGGCAGAGACCUCGGAGACAGCCAUGGGCACCAAAUCUAGCCCUCUCUUCUGGGCUCUGCCACCCUCGGCUCCUUCUGAAAAGUAUCCAGGGGGCUCUCCUGUACCUGCGGAUCCCAGGAAAAAAAUGGGGUUCACUGAGGAUGACAGAAAGGCCUUUGCCAGUAAACAUCAUGUUGCAAAGUGUCAGAAUUACCCGGCUGAGUCAAAGCCCUCUGCUCGGGAGGAUCCAGGCAGUGGGGUCAGAGUGUCACCCAAAUCGCCCCCCACUGACCAGAAGAAAGGGACCCCAAGGAAAUUCACCGGGCGGGGAGAGGAGGGCAGUGUGGCCCAGUGGAGUGACCACCCACGUGACUGUGGACGGGUGCUGCUGGAUAUCAAGAGGGCCUACUCAGAGAAGGGGCCCCCUGCCAACAUCCGAGAGGGCCUGUCCAUCAUGCAUGAAGCCAGAGAGAGGAGGCGAGAGCAGCCCAAAGGGAGGCCCAGCCUUACUGGAGAGAAUUUGGAGGCCAAAAUGGGACCCUGUUGGUGGGAGUCAGGGACUGGAGACAGUCACAAGGUGCUGCCACGGGACCUGGAGAAGGAAGAUGCCCCCCAGGAGAAGGAGCGACCGCUCCAGCAGGUGUCCCCUGUGGCUUCGGUUCCCCGGAGAAGCCACAGCUUCUGCAAGGACAGGAGGAGCGGGCCCUUUGUGGACCAGCUGAAGCAAUGUUUCUCCCGGCGGCCUGCUGAACCCAAGGACACUGACACCCUCGUGCACGAAGCCGGCAGCCAGUAUGGGACGUGGACAGAGCAGUGCCAGAGCGGGGAGAGCUUGGCCACUGAGUCCCCAGAUAGCAGUGCCACAUCGACAAGGAAACAGCCCCCCAGCAGCCGUUUGUCUUCUCUGUCCUCCCAAACGGAGCCCACCUCGGCCGGGGACCAGUAUGACUGCUCCAGGGACCAGCGGAGCACCAGCGUGGACCACUCCAGCACUGACCUGGAAUCCACCGAUGGGAUGGAGGGGCCGCCCGCACCGGACGCCUGCCCUGAAAAGAGAGUGGAUGACUUCUCCUUCAUCGAUCAAACCUCAGUCCUCGACUCAAGUGCCCUCAAGACCCGGGUGCAGCUCAGCAAGAGAAGCCGCCGCCGGGCCCCCAUCUCCCACUCCCUCCGGCGCAGCCGAUUCAGUGAGUCCGAGAGCAGAUCACCUUUGGAGGAUGAGACUGACAACAUGUGGAUGUUCAAAGACUCAACGGAAGAGAAAUCACCCAGGAAGGAAGAGUCAGAUGAGGAGGAGAAGCUAUCCAAAGCUGAGAGGACCCCCGUCAGCCAUCCUCAGAGGAUGCCCGCGUUUCCAGGCAUGGAUCCGGCAGUGCUAAAGGCUCAGCUGCACAAGAGGCCAGAAGUGGACAGUCCUGGCGAGACCCCCAGCUGGGCACCCCAGCCCAAGAGCCCCAAGUCCCCCUUCCAGCCUGGGGUGCUGGGCAGUCGCGUGCUGCCUUCCAGCAUGGACAAGGAUGAGAGGUCGGAUGAACCCUCUCCCCAGUGGCUAAAGGAAUUGAAAUCCAAGAAGAGGCAAAGUCUUUAUGAGAACCAAGUUUGACCAGGCAGGGAACACUGCCACGUCUACGUAACAGAAGCCUUAACCAUCAGAACCUGCAGACGAGGCCGAGCUGCUGCCAUUUCUUCCUGCACAAUGCUUACGUGCCUGGGCCCUUCCCAUUGGAUUGAGAAUGCUAUCCAGUGCCCCUGUCCUCGCCAGUCUCUCUCUGGAUCCAGACGGGAAGACCCAACCUCCAGGAGCACUCGCUCAUCUCCCCAGACAGCACUUCAGGCUGGGAAAGGAGCCAGGCUGCCCAGAAAUGUCCAUGUGGGUGGUUUUGCUUUUUAUGUAAAACUUUGCAUUUCUACCUAUUUUAGACACCUUCAUCAGCUCCAAGAACAUCAGCGUGAUGCUGGAAUUGUCUCCCCAGGUUCUGAAAAACACCUGAAUUUGUGAAAGCACCUCCUCACCCGACCCCAGGGCAGGUCUUUUUUUGGAAGGAUAUUUCCAAGGAAGAUCAAACUGUUCAUUUCCUGCUGUAGUCUCGGUGCAGGGUAUUACCGCUGGGUUGAGGUUUCUUAUUCUUUUUUUUGGUGAGUUCCCCCUUCCCCUCGAGGAAUCAGCAGUUCCAAUUUUUAAACAUACUCUCCCUGAUUAUGUGUAUUUCUCUUUCUAGUGGGGCUGUGUGCAUCGUUGGCCUAUGUUAUUGUAUGUCAUUUUUGUUUGCUUUAGAAGGUGAUAAAGCAAUAAUUCAGCUAAUUUUCUUUGAAACUUGAUAGUUAUGUAUGUGUUUACGUUAAAGGACAGGAGGAAAGAUGUGGGAAUAAUUUGUUCUGAAGUAUCCAGUCACCUCAGGUUAUCUUAUCCCUAUCCAAGCUGUUUAGAAGUUAUAAUUGUCACUCUUGUAUUUAUUUCCAUGGCUUCUUUUCAUUUGAGCUCUGGUUUCGGUAGGGUGACCUUUGCCCCUUGGCCUUAAGGGUUCAUAAACUGCAGCCCAAGUGGUGGUGCCUUUGCCACUGAAUCAUCAGACCUGCCCUAGGAAUCUUUUUCUCCAGAGUCUUCUUUGAACAUGACCUGGGCUGGGCUGCUGGCAUGGAGGAGUUGGUCCAAACUGGCCUCAGAACAGAUGCAUGAAUGAAGGGUACUUUUUGCUUUUGCUCACCUCAUUUUCCCCCAUCUUUCUCGAUGAAUCCAUUAUUUGCAAAUGCUGUCAAAACAUGCUUCCCUUCUCCCUGGCUACCUCUCAGGAGUUCAUUUGUCUCUCUAUCUCAGCUUCCUCCCUCAUCUUCCUUUACCCCUCUUCACUGUCUUAGUGGGUGGAUGGGCGUGGAUAGAAGUCCUGUUUCUUUAGGUUAGGAUAAACACCUGGGCCCUGGUGAGGCAGUUGCUGUUCAGCACCAGGGACAGCAACUGCAGGGCUGUGAGGCAGGAGCCCACCUUGUGUCCUGUUCAAUGAGCUUUGGUUACUGAUGAGCAAUUGCCAGACCAUGUCACCCACCCAGCCUUUUACACCUGGGAGCCUCAUGCAUCUGGGUUUGGGAGUUUGGCCCUGCUGAUGAUAGUUUGUUGUCUCUUCAUUCCCUGAAUUAGUCAUCAGUUCUCUGUGGCCAUUUGGGGAUUCAUGCCUGCAACUGCUUCAGCUGAAUUCUUUUUUAAAGAUCCAGUUUAUGUUUUAUAAUAAUUUUGAUCUUAUGGCUUUCAAAGUCAAUAGGAUCCCCUUUAAAAAUACCCUGCUAGUGUUUUGUUUUGUUUUGUUUUGUUUUUCUGAGACAAGGUCUUACUCUGUUGCUCAAACUGGAGUGGAGUGGCACGAUCAUAGCUCACUGCAGCCUCUAACACCUAGGCCCAAGUGAUUCUCCCACCUCAGCCUCCCAAGUAGCUGGGACUACAGGUGUAUGCUACCAUGACCAGCUAAUUUUUAAAUAUUUUUGUAGAGACAAGGGUCUUACCAUGUUGCCCAGGCUGGUCUCGAACUUCUGGGCUCAAGCAGUUCUCCCCGCUCAGCCUCCCAAAGUGCUUGGAUUACAGAUGUGAGCCACCACACCUGGCCUAAAACACAUUCCUAGUCUUUUGAUCCUGACUUCUUAUCUUGGCUGCUGUCUGUCUUUCCUUCAGGUGGAAAGGACCCCUUGGUACCAUCUCAAGCAGUAGGAAAGGACCUGCUCUUACAUAUAUUGAUGGUCCUCAUGCAAAACUCUCAAUUCUCAAUUAGUCAUGUCUCAGCUCAAGGAUAUCAGACAGGAAUGAAACACACUUGAAAAUGAGAUUGACCUGGAGAUUUUUUUUUCCGUAAUCUCUCAUACCUUAAUUGGAAAAAUAAUGAAUUUAAUUCUAUGUUAAUUAGGAUAUACAAAGUUCACGCUCCUUGAAAGUGACUAGGGCAAGCCCUGAAAAUCUUCCUCAUCCCCUUUUAUUUUUCUAUAACCUUGUCUCCUCCAGCACCACAGGGCAGACAAUCACAGUGGGUCAAGAGCAACCCUCUUUCAUGCGGGCUCCGCCAUGACCUCUGAGUCCUGCUUAUGAUCAGUGCGAUGAAGUUAGAAGUAACUGAUGAUUGGGAGCCUUUGCAGAUAGCUGGGCAAAUGGGUGAUUUACUUAGCCCCAUUCUAAAUGGAGUGAGCUCUCUUUGAGGCUAAGCAAGGGGGCAUUGUAUGCUGGUUUCUAGACUUUGCCUGGAGACCCCUUUGGAAAUCCGUCAUCUUCUUUUUAAACUCACUUAAUACGCCUUAAUCAUCUGUGUGCAAUGGAGUCAUCCGCUCCUCAUCUAACCCUCCUCCCCUGGGGCUUUGGCUGUCCUCAAUGAGAGUUUCAUGCAGAAUGGAAAAUCCUCUAUAUGUACAAUCUCUCUCUCCCUCAUUUCUCUUCCUCCUCACCUCCACCACCCCUUUGCACAUCAGCAUUUUGACAGCUGGUCUUUUGAGAAGCCUGUAUCUUUUUCCUCUUCAGUGGAUACCCUUCUUCAUGGUCCUUUGCCUAAUGAAACAGAGGCCUUUGGCCUUUGAAAAUCCAUGACAAGGCCUCAGAAAUCAGUAUUGUGGAGGAUUACUCCAUGCCACCAGAGAAACUGGUGAAAGAGAAACCUCGUGGUCUUUAGGAUGUUGGGAUUUUGAGUGAACCUGACCUGAUAGCCUCAGGAUUCAGGGACAGGACAAUCAGAUGGCAGUGUUUUCCAGGGAGACGAGCCAAAUCACGUGGUUUCAGACAAUUGUGUUUGCCUUUGUGCCUCCCUGGAAGGGAGGCCAACUUAAGGGUAUCACCAAGAAGCCAGAAGAGAAAUAGGCAUGAGCCUGUGGUUUUAAACUUUACAGGCUGGGCGAGGGAUUUAGAAAGACCCUUAGCAUGAUUUUCCUAAAAGAGACCUCAGCUGCUCUGACCUGGUGUUGACAGCUGCUUUGUCGAUCUAUGCUUUAAAUUUUUUCUUUAUAAUAUGCCCCCAGAUGGCUCCUGGAACUAGUCAUAAUUGCAAACUAUAAAAAUCCCUCCUCCCCAGUGUAGAUAUUUAAACCAGAAUAAGUGAUGGGGAGACAUUCUGUGGUCUCUGAAUGUGCCUUCCCCCUCACCGUGUGUUAAAACACAAAAGCCGAAGUUCCAUGGCGUCAUGAUUCCAAGGGGCUGGAGGGAUAGGACCCACUCCACAUCUGAAGAGGAUCUGCUUUGGGCUCGGUCCCCUUAGCGAGUGGGGAACCCUUGCUGUGUGCUGAGAGGCUGCUAGGACUCACCCAAUUGGAAUUCUGGGCAGGCUCGGGAAGUUUAGAGCCACGUAGAAAGCUGGUAGGCAUGAAUGUGCCAGGUCUUUGCCAGCCUGCGUCUCCUUUUGCACCCCCCAAUCCAGAGUUUUCUUUCUUUUGACUAAAUUGGCUCCUGCAGGGGGAAGGGCAGAAAGCUAGGCCCUCUGCUCUGGAAAGUCGGCCUGAGGUUUCUGGCAAGUUAACCCUUAAAAUCGACACCCCUCAGCCCACCCUCCCCUUUGGCCUUCCCAGAGUCUCCUUCAGUGGUUGCUCUCACACCUGUGCCAUAACAUCAUCUUCCAUGACUUGGACGGGCACUUCCUUGACAAUCCCUGUUGGCAUCACACCGGCUACAAAUUACGCUGUUUUCUAGAGAAUUUGAACUUUUUUUUUUCUUUUCUUGAGACACGGUCUUGCUCUGUUGGCCAGGCUGGAAUGCAGUGGCACAAUCAUGGCUCACUCCAGCCUCCAACUCCUGGGCUCAAGCAAUCCUCCCAUCUCCACCUCCAGAGUAGCCUAGAUGACAGGCGCACACCACCGUGCCCAGCUGAUUUUUUAAAUCUGUUUUGUAGAAACAGGAUCUCGCUAUAUUGCCCAAGCUGGUCUUAAACUUGGUCUCAAGCGAUCCUACUGCCUCAGCCUCCCAAAGUGCUGGGAUUACAGGCCUGAGCCACCAUGCCCAGCUGAAUUUGAGCUUUUUAAUAAUCUCAUUCCACAUAGCCUUAUAGAUCCUGUAAAUAGGGGGGGUCACAAAGGUAAUAUAUUGUGUUAUGGAAGAUAAUUUUCUACUGUGCUGUUUCCUAAAUCAUACCAAUAUCCUAAAGUCAUGCACUUCCCAGAUGAUUGUGAUCCUCAGAAUGCUUUGUAAGAUGGGGUGGGGCUUGGAAAUAGAUAUAUACACACACAGAGACACACACACACACAAGUAUAGUAUAUAUUUUCCUAACCUUUCUUCUGGGUCCUUCCUCAGAUCUUUGAGUCACGAUAGAAAAGGAGCUUGAGUUCUUUGUGUAGGAAAGUUAAGCUUCCUGCCUGCGGUGUUCUUGCAAUUGCCUUAGGAAUUCACAAGCUCUAGGAGUUCUGAACGGAAGGCAGACGAGAGGCACUUUAUCCAAUCCCAGAAAGAAUCUCUAACUGUGUGACUGAGAAGUCAUCUAGAAAAACUUAUAUUUUUAAUGUAAAAACAAAUGGGGCUUACCAGACCUCACAGAGUAUUGGACGUCUACAAGUGCUUUUAUAUUUUGUAACUGUAAAGAAGUUUCAUAUGCACAGAAGAGCAGUUGGAAAUCUGGUCGACUGCAAUAAAACAAGAUGACCUUUGCAUGUACAAAGAUGUUGCAUUCAGACUAUGAAAAUAGCAAAUAAAGCUUUGGUGCAAGUUGCAUUGGAGAA